GGUUCACGUGAUCGUGCUAGGGGAGAAAACGCCUGACCCCAGCCCCCGGCCUUUUCCGGGCAACCCUCUUCCUCCGGCGGUUCAUCCGCCUUUUGCCCUUCAGACACCUGCGCGUCCCUCUACUCGGUCCCGGCCCCCCCCCCGCCCCGGAGCCCUGUCCGCCAUGUGGCUCCUGCCUCUGGCCCCAACUGGGCCCCGGCGGAACAGCCCCCGUCACCUGCCUUCCUGCAGCCCUGCGCUGCUGCUGCUGCUGGGGAGCUGCCUGGGGGUCUGUGGGGUGGCGGCGGGCUCUCGGAGGCCCAAUGUGGUGCUGCUCCUCACCGACGACCAGGAUGAAGUGCUCGGCGGCAUGACACCACUAAAGAAAACCAAGGCUCUCAUUGGAGAAAUGGGGAUGACUUUCUCCAGUGCUUAUGUGCCAAGUGCUCUUUGCUGCCCGAGCAGAGCCAGUAUCUUGACAGGGAAAUACCCACAUAAUCAUCACGUUGUUAACAACACUUUAGAGGGGAACUGCAGUAGUAAGUCUUGGCAGAAGAUCCAAGAACCAAAUACUUUCCCAGCAAUUCUCAGAUCGAUGUGUGGUUAUCAGACCUUUUUCGCAGGGAAAUACUUAAAUGAGUAUGGAGCCCCAGAUGCCGGUGGACUAGAACACGUUCCUCUAGGCUGGAGUUAUUGGUAUGCCUUGGAAAAGAAUUCUAAAUACUAUAAUUACACCCUCUCUAUCAAUGGGAAGGCACGGAAGCAUGGUGAAAACUACAGUGUGGACUACCUGACAGAUGUUCUGGCUAAUAUCUCUUUGGGCUUCCUGGACUACAAGUCCAACUCUGAGCCGUUCUUCAUGAUGAUCUCCACACCAGCACCUCAUUCUCCUUGGACAGCCGCACCUCAGUACCAGAAGACCUUCCAGAACGUCUUUGCACCAAGAAAUAAGAACUUCAACAUCCAUGGAACGAAUAAGCACUGGUUAAUUAGGCAAGCCAAGACCCCAAUGACUAAUUCUUCAAUACAGUUUUUAGAUAGUGCAUUUCGGAAAAGGUGGCAAACUUUACUCUCAGUUGAUGACCUUGUGGAGAAACUGGUCAAGAGAUUGGAAUUCAAUGGGGAACUUAACAACACGUACAUCUUUUAUACCUCAGACAAUGGCUAUCACACAGGACAGUUUUCUUUGCCAAUAGAUAAAAGACAGCUGUAUGAGUUUGAUAUCAAAGUUCCACUGCUGGUUCGAGGACCUGGGAUCAAACCAAAUCAGACAAGCAAGAUGCUCGUUGCCAACAUUGACUUGGGUCCUACUAUUUUGGAUAUUGCUGGAUAUAACCCAAAUAAGACACAGAUGGAUGGGAUGUCUUUAUUGCCCAUUUUGAAAGGUGCCAGCAAUCUGACUUGGCGAUCAGAUGUCUUGGUGGAAUAUCAAGGAGAAGGCCGUAAUGUCACCGACCCAACCUGUCCUUCACUGAGUCCUGGAGUAUCUCAAUGUUUCCCAGACUGUGUCUGUGAAGAUGCUUACAAUAACACCUACGCCUGUGUGAGGACCCUGUCGGCGCAGUGGGAUUUACAGUAUUGUGAGUUUGAUGACCAGGAGGUAUUUGUAGAAGUCUAUAACCUGACUGCAGAUCCAGACCAAAUCACAAACAUUGCUAAAAGUAUAGACCCAGAGCUUUUAGGAAAAAUGAACUACCGGCUAAUGAUGUUACAGUCCUGUUCUGGACCAACCUGUCGCACUCCAGGGGUGUUUGACCCUGGAUACAGGUUUGACCCUCGGCUCAUGUUCAACAGUCAUGGCAGGGUCAGGACGCGAAGGUUUUCAAAGCAUCCUCUGUAGCGACCUGUGCAGCUGGGUCCCCGCACGCCUCUGCCUGAUGGAGUGAUUGUAGUAGGUAUCGGUAGCUAGUCCUCAAGACCAUGCCUGGAAGAGUUUCUGGACUGGCUCUCAGUCCUGUUUGAAAAAGCAACCCAAUUGGCGGACUUCCUUGUGCAAAGUGUUAAACUGUGAACUCUGCCCUUAUGUCAGGAGUGGCUGGCCCUGGUCCCUUCACUCAGCUAAUCACGAAUGCUCCUGAGGUCUUCAUUCCCACCAUACCCUUUCCUGGGGUUACAGUUCUUGAUUAUUCCCCAUGUGGUCAGAGUCUGAAUUUGUAAAUCCAUUCAGAUAAAUGGCAAUACUUGGGGGGCGGGGGGGUACUUUACAGCUUGACCACUUCACUAUCAAAAAUACCAACAUCACAUGGCUUGAAUAACCAUCAGAGCAAGAACAAGUACCACCAUUUUCAGAUUAGUCACAAUGUGAUAA